CCCCGGUGCCUGAAAGGAGGAGUAGGAUCAUGUGACACACGUGUACCCGCUGCCACAGCCGCCGCACUGAGCAUUCCUGGGUGGCACCAGCAUGCCUGCUUUGUGGGACUUAUGGGGAGGGGAACGGCCCAACUUCCUAAUGAGUUAAUGGUCCCGUUUCUCCGCUGACAGGACACUGAGCUCCUGAGAGAGUCAUUCGCAAGCCCCACCACAGCUAGCGUACCCACGCCGCCACCCCUAACAGAGCCAGAAGAUAGAAGAGUGUGAGCCAUGGAAAGUUUUCAGGAGAAAUUUCUCACUUUGGACGAGAAAGCAAAGCUGAAAGAAAGGCUUGCCUUACUGAAAAAAGAAUAUAGGAAAACUGUGAACCGUUUACAGAGAUCGCAGAGAGCCGAGAGAGUGAAGUCGCAUGUGAAGAAAACUAUCGAAGAGCAGAACCGGCUGCUGAGCCAGGAGUGCGCCCUCGUGUCACCAGGUCUUGCGAACUGCACCAGCAGAUCUUCAGGAGAUGUCAGGGAGUCGCAGGCAAGUGCUGGGGCCCACAUAGUAGACAAGGACAGGAAGCUGUGUGUCACCUUUAACUUGGAGCCUGAAGUCCUCCACGCUGGAGGCUGCUCUCCUUCAUAUUCCUGUGGUGAAAGCAGCGGCCGAGAAGCCGAUACGGCAAGCAGAGGAGAGGGAGAUGGGACCAUUAAUCCAAAGCAGAGAAGGAGGAGCCGGCUGAGGUUAAGCAGAUCUCUAAAGAGAGACUGCCUUUCAGACUCACCGUCUACAAAUGUCCCUCAGCUCAAUGGUAUUAUUAAUGGCCCGGAUGGCCAACAAAUUAAUACAGGGGCCGAAAGUUUGUCACCAGUGUUAAAGAAGUGCCUUAAAGAAGAUCUUACCAUAAAGAAUGAUACCACUAUGCGCUUUUCCUCAGAGAACACAAAAGCUGUAGACGUGUCUCCUGAGAUUGGGGGGAGUAUUGAUGCUGGAGCAUCUAUAACAAUCACAACAGAUUAUUCUCCAUGUGACCGAAUGCAUAACGACACCACCAAAAUUCAGACAAGUAACACUACAAGUACAGAACCUUCACACAGCGGUAUUAUAUAUGACAGACUGGUAACAGAAGAGGAGCUUGGUAGGUCAUGUAAUGUGACAUCUUGUACUCCGCACAGUUCUCUUUUAUGUUCUGGCAACCAGUCUCUUCGAAACGUUGAGGUCCAUGAACAGAGCCCUGUGAGGGAGGAAGAACGUAACCCACUUACCUCCUGCACUCUGGUGGAGGGGCUGCUAUUCCCUGUGGAGUAUUAUGUUAGGACAACGCGACGCAUGACCAGCUGCCAGAGGAAAGUGGAUCUUGAUGCUGUUAUCAACAGCCACCUGGGAUUGGCCAAGAAAGGGACAAGAGGUAGACAAUGGAAGAGCAGGACGUCUUUAUCUCCUUCUCUCACGGGUGAGGGCAGCCAGAGUGCUCUCAAUCACCUGACUGUAAGUAACAGUGCUGGUGAGGUUACACAAUCCAGGCGAGGAAAGGGUCGGAAGUCUUGUCCUGCAGUGAUGUCUUCUUCUGGUAUGAAGGACGUAUCCGUCCAACUGAAAUUUGGUUCUGAUGUCAACCUGGCAUUGAGUGGUUUUCAAAGUGAAAAAGAAAAUUGCGAAGCGAAUGCACCCAGCAAGGGUGAAGUAUUGAAGCCCAGCAACCAUUUUGAGUCUGUGCCUUCUGAGAGGAAAGGGUAUAGUCUAAGAACACAGAGUGCUGCAAACCUUUCUUUACUUACCUUGCCCAAUGACACAGAAGAUUUUGAGGCUAACCCGUUCAUCCACAGGACCUCAAAGGAAUCCAGUGAACCUACAGGCUCCUCCCCAUUUCCCUCUUUCAGCGGCAGGGUCAGUCUGGAACAUCUAUCGCAAUUUGCAGACGUUACAGAUUUCCAUUUGCCUGACAAAGAGUUUGGUACUCUGAAGCUUGAGAAACUGAAAUCCACUUGUCACCUGGAAACAUUUGUUCCCAAAGCAGCCAAAGUAAGAAAGAAAUCCGUCCAGGGUCAAAGGAUUCACCGUUCAACAUUGCAAGAGCGCUCAGCUGUGCUGCGCGGAACACUAGCAGUUUAUCCAAGUGCAUCAGAACCAGACUUGAAACUUUUAACACUUCAUGAGAACCGUCUGCAUGAUGAACAGUCUUCUGAUAGCCAAGGGAACGCUGCAGGGAACAAUGUUCCACUUUCCAUUGAGGUAUCCAAAAAUGGGCCGGUAAUAGCUCAAGUGUGCCUUAAUAGUGACCCAAUGGAUGCAUUAAAUCUUUCAACAAAUAUCUGCAGACUUGCGGAAUCAAAAUUUGAAGCUUAUAACUGUCGUAGUUCACCGAAAAAGUGUCCAUAUCCUCCCCACCAGCCAUUUGAAGGUGUCAAUCUUGAUUCUGCCAUGUGUGCAGAGGAGGAGAAGCUUUGUAACAGUGACACAGUGUCCAAAACAGAUGCACAAACUCCAUUGGGUGCCUUAAAUCACCAUGAGCCAAAUCUUCCGGUGCGUAGUAUGGAUGUUUUGGGAAAACUCGCACAGCCCGAAAGUGUUGGAGACAAUCUUCUUGUCUUAAGCGCAGAUAUGGAAUCUGGUGAGGGGGCACAGUCUCCCACAGAUACCCCCGCCAACCUUUCUUCUCCAAAAACGCUGACUUGCAGUGUCCUCUUCUCCACCUCAAUGUGCUCUGUGCCUCUAGACAGUAGGAAUGAGUGUGUGGCAGCAGACUGUACAUCACAGUUUCCUUUCUUGGGGCAAACACCAGCUGUCUUCUCCUCACCCCAGUCCGGUAACACUCCUGUUAACACAUGUAGAGAGCAUACAGUCUUGAAAACAGCGGGCAUACUUCCUGAGUUCUCUGGAAAAGACGCACAUGAAUAUACAUCCGUGUUUAGUGAGGAGAGUGUUGUACCGGGCGAGACCGAUGUCAGUCAGUUCAGUGGAGUAUUUCCUCAAUCUGGCGAUGUGUCUCAAGAAUGUGAUAUUACGAUUGUCCACAAGCCAUGUGAUAAUACAGAAGAUUGUGGAACGAAGUGUCUGCCAGCAGUAACUCUUAAGGUCAACAAAGACGAAGAGGUUGAUGAAACUGCUCACAGACUGGAUUAUGAUAAUGCAGAAGGGGGGACAUUAGAGAAUGGAUCUCUGCGUCUAAUCUCGGAAAUUCAGGACAGCUGCGGAGGAGGCUGCACAGUAGAUCUGUGCUCCGUGUGGUGGGAAUUCUCCGGUUGUACCGACCUCUGCGUUGUGUCAGCAAGUGAGUCUUCUGUCUGUCUUUGGAGACCCCUGGCAGAAGGAAAAUGGGAUUGUGCUCACACCUGGAAUUUUAUAGAGAUGCCAGUUAUCCAGAUUCUUCCUUUAUCCCAAGAGAAGAACAUUGCGUGUGUUGCUCUGGGGAAUCUAGACAUUUUGGAAAUUUGGGUGCUGUUUUCACAUCCAGAGAGCCAGAGGUGGGAGAAGCAGCUGGUCAAAUGCGGGAACAUCAAGACUGCCCAGGGCUUGUCCAGGUACCGGGUGGUCUGCAGCAGCGGAGUGGCAGAUGGUCAAGUGGUGGAACUCUGGCAGCUGUCAGAGGGAGGAAGUACGGUGGGGUCUCUUACACUGAUGGCCCCCACAGGCAGCUUUCUAGCCUUCUCUGAGGUGGAGGGAGAGAGGAACGCUCUUGUUGGAUCCACAGUGGACAAUAAUCUGGUCGUCUGGAACUCCGUGACUGGACAUCUGUUGAGUGUUAUUUAUAUUGGGGAUCUCUGCUCCGACGUCAUUUCUCUCCAUGCAACAUCUGACUCGGGUCUGUUGUUUUUGGUCGUGGGCAGCCUAUUCAGCAAAGACUGCGAGGCCACUGGCAGCUGUAUAUUCAGCCUUAUCACUGCCAAUGCCCGGGAAGGUGCCAGUGCUCUCAUUAUGUCCUAUAUCAUCCCAGGGAGACUCAAUAGCAGGUACCUAGAAGGAGAUGUGAAAGAGCAAAGCGCAGCAGCAGUAUUGACUUGUGGAAGCAUUGCACUAUGGGAUUUACCCAGAAGUCAUUGCUCUACCAUGCUCGCCCCCAGCUCAGAUACACCAUGGAGCCUGGUACGAUGGUGCCACAGACCUUCGUGUUUGCUGACGGGACGGAAAGAUGGAACUAUCUUUGUCUAUGAGUAUACAGCCCACCAAUCAAACAAAACAAGAGAUGACCUUGGAGAAGUCGUGUAAUGGAGGAAAAUUGCUGGGCUUGCUAGAUCAAGUGUGAGAUAAACCCAAUGGAAUGCACACAGAUGACCAGGGAAACUAAGAAAGACAUAAAUAAUGCUUAGUAUUCCUGUCACCUACAAAGAGUGGAGGCAGCCAUUUUGUGCAUUGGUAAAGUAUUGCCAGACUGCAGCCUUUCCCUUCACUGGGAGCAAAUCUCAGUAAUUGAGGUCUGAUGCAUGUAGUGCCCCAUACCUCAAUGAUAUCUGACUUCUAGAGGGGAGAGCUUGCUAAAUAUUGCAUCAGUUCAUACUAUGGCUGCUUCUACUGUGUAUAGGCAUUACUUUUACAGUCUUUACAGUUACUGCCAUAUAAAAUUGAUGCUAUCGGCAGAAAUGUCCUGUUCCUGAUACAUUGGGGCAGAUGUAUUAACGUGGAGAAUGGAUAAAGCAGUGAUAAGUGCAAGGUGAUAAUGCACCAACCAAUCACCUCCUAACUGUCAUUUUUCAAAUCCGUAAUGAUUGGCUGGUGCGUUAUCACCUUGCACUUAUCACUGCUUUAUCCCUUCUCCAGGUUAAUACAUCUGCCCCAAUGUGGUUGCUGAUAGGAAAUGCAUAAGCCAUUAGAACAGGCCUGGCCAACCUGUGGCAGGUGUGAAACUACACAUCCCAGCAUGCCUUGCCACAGUUUUAGCAAUUCUUAAUAGCAUAACAAUGGUAUGGCAUGCUGAGACAAGUUUCACAACAGCCGGAGAGCCACAGGUUGGCCAGGCCUACAUUAAAAUUACCAAAUAUAUAUAUAUAAAUGGCACUCGGUGCUGUAACAGUUGGAAAUAUGUUGUCUUAAAAACAGUUAUGUUCCAAAUAUUAUUAUUUAUUAAAGGACAAUCAGACCUAAAAUACAUGUAGUAAAAACACAAAAUAAGCUGCUCUUAACAAUAAAAACAAAAAUGAAAAUUUAAA